AUGUCGGCCGCUGCGCCGAAAGAGGCCACCGAGGCUCAAAUCCAACACCAGCAAUUGAUAGAGCAACUCGACAUCCACGCCAUCCACAAGAACUUCCGCAACCCACACUGGAAACCAAAUCAGCGUCGCAAUAAGAACCUCAAAGCCAUAGUCGGAGAUGCCUCUAGGAGAGAAGCGUCGGCUCUGGCGACACCUCGAGAUGGCAGCGGCAACGCAACACCUGCAAGAGACGACGGCUUGUCAACCAGCGGCUCCUCGACUCCCGCAACCAGCAGCAACGGUCGAGAUCAUCCGCCGAACCUCGCGCAAGCAUCGCGCAGCCUUUCAAAGCUUGUUUUGGAGAAGAGCCUCAAGGCGCCAGGAGGCAUCGCCUCUGCCCCUACAGCAACAUACACCAAUAUCGAGUCGGCGCCUUCCCUUGCCCACUCGAAGCACUACUGCGACGUCACCGGCUUGCCUGCGCCCUAUCUCGACCCCAAGACAAGGAUGCGGUACCACAACAGGGAAGUAUUUGCGCUGAUUCGGUCGCUGCCACAGUCCUCCGCAGAGCUCUUCCUUGAAGCUCGCGGGGCACACACCGUUCUCAAGUGA